AUGCCAUCUCACCGCCAGGCCCCGCAGGGUCAGACUCUUGAGGAACUCGCAGAGCGCAUCAUCUACUCGGAGCGAUACUCGGACGACAACUUCGAGUACCGCCAUGUGAUCCUGCCCAAGAACAUGCUCAAGCUCAUUCCCCGAAACUACUUCUCGACCGACGAGUCGGGACUGUUGCGUAUUUUGGAAGAGCACGAAUGGCGCGGUAUCGGCAUCACACAGAGCCUGGGCUGGCAGCACUUUGAGGUCCACGCGCCUGAGCCCCACAUCUUGCUCUUCAGGCGACCACUGCCCAGCAAGUAG